AAAAAAGGGAAGGAAAAAAAGGGCCGUGGGCCAAAUUUGAGUUUCAAUUGGGCAGCCAUUUGUUUUUCCUUUUUUUCUGGAGUUUGGGCUGAUUUAGUUUUUGGGCUGAGUUUUCUGACGAAAUUACCAAGAUCUGAAAUUAGUUGUACCGGGUAUCUCGUCUAGUCGUUUUGAGAUGGCAGAAGAUGGGAAGUUCCGAAUUGAAAAGUUAGAUGGUACGGAUUUCAGUUGGUAGAAAAUGCAAAUUGAAGAUUUGCUAGUUCAGAAAGAUUUGGACGUGGUAUUGGGUGACAAACUAGAAAAGAUGUCAGAUGCAAAUUGGACAGGUUUGGAUCGGAAAGUUAUGUCCGUAAUCUGUCUCUCGUUGACCAAGAAUGUUGCGUUCAACAUUCUGAAGGAGAAGACAACGAAGGAAAUUAUGGAAGUGCUGUCUAACAUGUACGAGAAGCCAUCUGUAGCGAACAAAUUUUUUCUGAUCAGAGAGCUAGUGAACACAAGGAUGAAAGAAGACACUUCAGUUACCGAGCAUAUCAACAAGUUGAAUUCGAUCUUAGCCAGACUUUGUCAGUGGGCAUUAAGUUCGAUGAUAAAGUUCAAGCUUUGCUACUGCUAUCGUCUUUACCUGAUAGUUGGUCUGGAACGGUUACAACGGUUACUGGUUCAGUGGGACCCGAGCUAUCCGGUCCAGUACAGAUCGCCUCAUAUUGCGCCGCCACCGGAUUAGAUCGAACAACCGAUCAGGAGAUGUGAAGUCUCAGGUGAAAAAAAGGGAAGGAAAAAAAGGGCCGUGGGCCAAAUUUGAGUUUCAAUUGGGCAGCCAUUUGUUUUUCCUUUUUUUCUGGAGUUUGGGCUGAUUUAGUUUUUG